CAAAGGUCCCAGGCUCUUUGCUUGGCUGAACUCAGUCCCCCAGUUCUGUUUGCUUAGCAGGAGGGGACAGGACAUUUCAGAGCUGACAGACUCCUCUCAGUUUUGUCCUGGGUGCGAGAUGGCUGCACACCCCGUCCUGCUGGCUGCUCUGUCUCUCCUCUCUGUCUGCCAGCAAGGCUACUUCGCUGUGCAGGUGGGAAAAGCCAGGCGCCAGUACAAGGUGACGCCCCCUGCCAUCUCUGGGCCACCCGAGUUUGAGAGGCUAUUUCGUGCUCAACAGAACUGUGUGGAGUUUUACCCCCUCUUCUUGGUCACCCUGUGGAUGGCUGGGUGGUAUUUCAACCAAGUUUCUGCCGCGUGUCUGGGUCUGGUGUACAUAUAUGCCCGCUACCAGUAUUUCUGGGGAUAUUCAGAAGAUGCCAAAAAGAGGCUCUUUGGUUUCCGCCUGGGCCUGGGCGCUCUGGCCUUUCUGACCGUCCUUGGCGCCCUGGGGGUUGCAAAUAGCUUUCUGGACGAGUACCUGGACUUCAGUCUGGUCAAAGAGCUGAGGAGACGCACCUAGUGGCCAUCCCCUGCCCCUGUGGGCAGACGCCAGGUACACGCUGAAGGCUGUGGACCCCUGUGCAAGCUGAGAAAUAAAAGUGGUGUUGUGUUGU